UGUGUGGUGACGUCACUGUUCAGUCAGUGCGAAGGGGUGGGAGGGAGUGGCUGUGUCUUUGUCGGUGUGGCCUGUGGGUGUUCCGCUGUGCUGGUGUAAGGCCAAGUGGAGGAGGCUUUGUUGAUUAUGUGUGGUGCUUAACGCGAUCCCAAAGCCAUGUUUCGGUGUAUCCCCAUCUUCAAGGGGUGUAACAGGCAUGUGGAGUACGUGGACAAGCGACACUGUUCCCUGGGCAGUGUUCCCGACGACAUACUGCGCUACGCCAGGAGUCUGGAGGAGGUGUUGCUGGACGCCAACCACAUCCGUGACCUGCCCAAGAACUUCUUCCGCCUUCACAAGCUGCGGCGACUCGGCCUCAGUGACAAUGAGAUUUCCAAGCUGCCUCCAGACAUCCAGAACUUUGAAAACCUGGUGGAACUGGAUGUGUCAAGGAACGACAUCCCUGACAUUCCGGACAGCAUCAAGAACCUCAAGGCUCUGCAGGUGGCCGACUUUAGCAGCAACCCCAUUCCAAAAUUACCAGGAGGCUUCACGCAGCUGCGGAACCUGACUGUGCUGGGCCUCAAUGAUAUGUCCCUCACCAACCUGCCCUAUGACUUUGGCUGCUUAAUCAAUCUUCAGUCCCUGGAGCUUCGGGAGAACCUACUGAAGGGGCUGCCAGAGUCGGUGUCUCAGCUAAGCAAGUUGGAGCGGCUUGACAUUGGAGACAAUGACAUUGAAGAACUACCUCCACACAUUGGGGACCUGCCAGCCUUGCAGGAGCUGUGGCUGGACCACAACCAGAUAUCCCAUCUUCCCCCUGAGACUGGUCGGCUCAAGAAUCUCCUCUGCCUCGAUGUCAGUGAGAACAGGCUUGAGGACGUGCCAGAGGGCUUGUCCGGCCUCACCAAUCUCACAGACCUUCACCUAUCCCAGAACCUCAUUGAGACCCUACCAGAUGGCAUUGGUGCUCUCACCAAGUUGACAAUUUUCAAGGUGGACCAGAACAGACUCAUGGUUCUCAAUCCCAACAUUGGAAAAUGUGAAAACCUGCAGGAGCUCAUCCUGACAGACAACAUGCUGAAGGAGUUGCCCAACACCAUUGGCAACCUCAAGAAGCUCACAAACCUCAAUGUUGACCGUAACAAGUUGACUGAACUCCCAGCACAAAUAGGAAAACUUGAAAACCUGGGAGUGCUGUCCUUGCGUGAGAACCAGCUCCAGUACCUUCCUCCUGAGACUGGGAACUGCCGAGAACUCCAUGUCCUUGAUGUCUCUGGUAACAGGCUGCAGUACCUGCCUCUGACCAUAACAGUGCUGAACCUCAAGGCAGUGUGGCUUAGCGAGAAUCAAGCUCAACCAAUGCUCAAUUUCCAAACUGAGGUUGACGAAGCUUCAGGCCAAGAAGUGCUCACCUGUUUCCUGUUGCCCCAGCAAGAGUACCAACAUGACAGUCUUGAGUACGCCUGUGGUAUGGGUGGUAGCGAGGGCAGGCUGUACCGCACUGGUGACCUCAGCACCGAUAAUCUGACCGCCAUCGGCUCUGCAGCUAACGAGUGGGCCCACGAGGACGAGGACAGCUGGGACCCCAACGACCCUAACGAAGAGUCCCGGGUCUCGGUGGUCAAGUUCAGCGAUGACAAAGACGCCGAGGAUGGCAAGGAGAGUAACUUUGUGCGCCACAACACUCCACAUCCCCGGGAGCUGAAGGCACGGGCAGAAAAGCUGUUUGGCAAGGGUGGCAAGACAAGUGACGGCCCACUGGUGCCCGCCAGAGACUUAACGGAUAAGGAAGCAGUGCAUCUCCAGCGAGCCUCACCACCCUGCCAGUCCCAGGCAGCCCGGCCAGGAAGUGUCAGCCCAGGUAGAACAGCAGCCAAAGCUUCAGCAGGAGGCACACUCAGAGGCCCAGCCAGGAGGACACGCAGAAAUCUGAUGGAGAAUGAGAAGCGUGUUGGGUUCUCCAUUGAGGGCAUAGAGACCACAGACUCCGAUAACAGUCAGGAAGAGCAGAAACGGCCAGGUCGCCUGCACCGGCAGAACACACCACACCACCUUAAAAACAAACGCAUCACUUCUACCAAGAGUGCAGACCUGGAGAAAGUUGCAUCUAUUAUUGCACAACAACAGCAGGCCUUGCAGCGAGGGGAUGGGAGUGAGACUGAUGGCACCCAGAAUCGUGGCGGGGAGUCAGAUGCAGAUAAUCAUUCCUUAGAAUCUGCUCCAUCUGUGGUGGUGGAUGUGAAGCGGAUGGAGGUGGUUGUUGAGCGAACCACAGGUGGCUUGGGGCUGUCCAUCGCAGGUGGCCGUGGCUCCACCCCAUACAAAGGGGAUGAUGAGGGUAUCUUCAUAUCUAGAGUGACUGAAGGUGGCCCUGCAUACCUAGCUGGUCUACGGGUUGGAGACAAACUGCUGAUGGUGAAUGGGCAUGAUGUGGAGGUGUGUGACCACUACGAGGCCGUCAACAUCAUGCGGGAAGCUGGCUCACAACUCAGGCUCGAGGUGUCGCGGGAGGUGACCAGAAUUGUCCCAGAGAAGAAAUCUUCCAAAACUGAGCCGGUUGCCAACCAUGUGAUAUCGCAAGAGGUAGAAAGUUGUGUCACCACCAGUAACUCGGCAGCCUUAGAGGAGCAGCUUUCAGCACCACCUCCUCCUGUCACAGCCAACCAUGUUGCCAUGACAGUCAAUGGCCAUGAUGGCUCCCCAGCAGUGAAUGGGGAACAUCUGGGUGUUAAUGGAGAUGCCAAUGGGGAAAUGGAGGUGCUCACUGAGACAAUAUACACCACUCUAAUGAGGGACCACAAUGGCCUUGGCUUCAGCAUUGCAGGCGGCCGGGGAGCAGCACAGUUCAAAGAUGGAUCAGAUGCCAUCUAUAUAUCCAGAAUAACAGAGGGUGGAGCAGCAGCCAAGGACGGAAAGCUAAGGGUUGGGGACCGAGUCAUAUCUAUCAAUGGUGUUGACUUGGAUGGGGCUCGGCACGACCAGGCAGUGUCAAUGCUGACUGGCAUAGAGAGGUUUGUGCGUCUGGUAGUGCACCGGGAAACCUUAGUGACACCAGGCCAGGGUAAUACCAGCUCAAGGACUUCACCAAGAGUUUUUGGGGCACCAAGGCCAUACACUGGACUGUACAGUGCUGGAUCUUACAUGGCUAACAGGCCCAGCUACACAGGUUACCGAAGGGCCCAGCCGGGAGGAAGGAUAUCAAGCUCCAACCUGUCAGAGGCCAACUAUAGUGGCCAGACCAGCCCAGCAGCUUCCCCUGCCACCACCACCAGGCAACCUCAGAAGCAGGCUGGCUCACAGGAGCCUUUGGCACCGCCCACCACUACCACAACCACAGAGGAUCCCUUUGCUGCUGGCACCACCCAGGUAGCCUUGCACAGACCCCUCACUAAUGAUGACUUUCAGGCCCUCAUCCCACAGCACUUCCUACAGGGGGGCAGAGCACUGGGUGAGUCAAGUGCCCCCAGCCACCAGGUGACCGUCAACAUGGCAGGGGACCAUGGCCCCAUGAGUAUGGCCCUCCCUCCUCCACCUACCAAGUUAGGGAAGGUCACAGAGACCGUCACCAAAUCCACCCUCACCGAGACAGUAGUUACGCGGAUCACUGACAACCAGCUGGCCCCAGUGCCACUGGUGGUGGAGGAAGUGACAUUAUACAAGGAUGGGGGACCAUUAGGACUAAGUAUUAUUGGUGGAUCAGACCACUUUUGUGUUCCAUUUGGCACCUCCCCAGAUGAUCCAGGAAUAUACAUAUCAAAGAUCACAGCAGGCGGGGCGGCUCACAAGACUGGGAAGCUGAGGAUGGGUGACCGCAUUCUCAUGGUGAAUGGUGUGGACAUGAGUGGUGCCACUCACCAGGAUGCAGUGAUGGCCCUACUCAACCCACCCAAUGAGAUCACCCUCACUGUCCGCCACGACCCUCAGCCUAAGGGACUCAAGGAGGUGGUCAUCAAGAAGCAGGUUGGAGAACGGCUUGGCAUGAACAUCAAGGGUGGUGUACAGGGCUCCCCAGGCAAUCCACUUGACAAGUCAGAUGAAGGUGUCUUUAUCUCCAAAAUAAACUCCAAUGGGGCAGUUCACCGGGAUGGAAGAUUAAAGGUUGGGUUACGGCUGCUGGAAGUCAAUGACUCGUCCUUGUUGGGCAUCACUCACGAGGAAGCGGUGGCUGUGAUGCGCUCAGCAGGCUCCACAAUCCGGCUGGUGGUGUGUGAUGGUUAUGACUACAGUCUGGUGCAGCAGAUGAAGAGUGAAGGUCGUCUGGGUCAGGAUUCUCGUAGCACCAGUCACAGUGUUACUUCCCUGGACAAGGAGAGCCGAGAGGCUCCUAAUGCACCACAACAGGAGUCUGUCUCCAGCCUGCAUGAAGAGGCCUCCACCAAGACAACUCCCCCACCCAUCCUCCUGACUCCUUCCCGUAGUCCAUCUCCCUCCUCCUGUCCACCUGAAUCCACUACCACUGCAAGGAGUGACUUGCCAGAGACUGACGAGGAUGAGGGGCGUGACACUUCUCUGCUCUCACACCUCUCCACUGCCUUACCUCAUGUCCAACAGGACAAAUCAGCACCUGAAAUUGUGAUGGAUGUGGUGAGGGUAGCAGAGCAGCUCACCACACGACCCUCCUCCCAGAACUCCAUGGGCUCCUCCUCUCCACUGGACCGCAAGGCUGUAGCUGAGACCAAGAUGACCACAGUGGUCUUAGGCAAACACACCUUGGCCCCACAAACUAGUACACCCAUCGCCUCGGGCCGAUACAGUGCUGGUGGUGGUCAGCUGAGUAACAGUGCCUCCCCUGUACCCCCUUCCUCCUCCCCCCUUCCUGUUAGCCUCCCUAAUGUCCUCACAUGUGGAGGUGUGAUGGAGGACUUGAUUGACUCUGAGAUAGCAGUGGGGCACAAGCCUGCAGAUGUAGAGGUCAGGGGGGUCAAGACUGAGGAGAGCCCCACCCAGAGCCCCGGCAAAAUGACACUUAAGGAUCGCAUGAAGUUCUUUGAGGAUGAGAUGAAGAGGGACAAGGCUGGACCACCUAAGGAAAACAAGAAGUUCUCUUUCCUGAGCCAGGAUGAAGUUUCCAAGAUGAAAGAGGAUGAAGACCGCCGGGUGGCCAACAUGACAGUGGAGCAGCUUGCAGACCUCUCCCGCCUGGAAGAUGUGGAGGAGAUGGCAGAUGACCUAGCACUGCAGCUGGGAGUGGAUAGUGACCGUCACCACUACAAGUACAAUGACCGGGACAUUUUGGAGGGGCUCAGGGAGACCUCAGAGACAGAUUCUUCAUACAGAUCCAGCAGUGAAGUGAGUGGUGUGCGAACAGCAAAGGCUGAGAGAAGAGUGAAAGGUACAGAGGGAGAGGAGGAGCAUCUCUCCCCAGCUGAGAAGAGGCGACUGGAGGCAGAAAAGAGGGCAGCUUGGAGGCAAGCCAGACUCAGGAGUCUUGAGAAUGAUGCAGUACAAGCUCAGUAUGUUAUAGAGAAAUGCAGCGAGCUCUCAGAGUCAGCAAAUGAUAACACUAGUAAUGACAACUCAGUUAUUAGCCACAACAACCUGGACCAAGAGAAUAACUUGCCCAGCUUGAACCACAAGUGGUCCAAACUGGUUGUGAUCACCAAGCCCACCGAGAAGAUUGUGGCUGAGCGAGACCGAGUCCUGUCUGAGAAAGUGAUGCGCAAGACGGUGCCAAUCUUGGACCCCAACACAGGGGAUGUGAACGUUGAGACUACGGAGACUAUUGAAAGGAUCAUUGAGCGUGAGGUGGAGACAUGUCGAGAGACCUUAAUGACCCUUUCUCUGACUGAUGCUGAAAAUGCCAACACAGAUCCAACAGAAACCAUAGAUCCCACCACUGACAGCAAGACACAAGACCAUAUGUCUGACGCCUGUGACAACCAGCCAGCAAAAAGCACCAUUGAAGGAGAGGAGAACCGAGGGAAUAUCCGGACCAGGGAUUCUGUGAACUAUGAUGGAGACUCCACAGCAAGCUCACCUGAAGACCCUGAGGAGUCUGUCACAGGGGACUUUGCUGCAAUGUCAACAGAUGAUUCCGACCACGACCUGCACAUUCCUUUACCUCAUACCAGCUCAUUGGACCAACAUGUCAAGAAGUGAUUGAGUUGAAAAGUCCUUUCAUUCAGUCCUUUUUUUUUUUUUUUUUUUUUUUUUAAGAUUAACCAUAAACUUUAGUAUAGUUUAAGUUAUAAAGCAUAUUGUUAUGUGCUCAUGUGGUGUAUGUGUAUGUGAGAGAGAGAGAGAGAGAGAGAGAGAGAGAGAGAGAGAGAGAGAGAGAGAGAGAGAGAGAGAGAGAGAGAGAAUUUUUUUUUUUCUACUUUCUUUUUUGUUUGAUGAAGACUAACACCACCAGCGCAUCAUAAGGGAAAAUUGAACAGCACUAAAGGUCAAAUAAAACAUAUCAAGGUUUGAAUAAGACUGAGCCUUGUGAGCAGCAAUCCUCACAUCAGCUCUGGAAAAGCUGAACUUUGGACUAUAAAUGACCUUACCAUUCUAGCUGUCAGUGCUGUUAGAGAAAUCAAUAUUGUGAUCUAAAAAAUUAUUAGCUUUAAAUAUGAUGGUAUCAGGCAUUUAUGAUUUGUUACUGAAUGUUCAUUUGUGUAAAUGCCUUAAAUCAAUUACCUCGUGGAUCUGCUCUGAACAGCCGUGUGCUUCAGCAUGUCUUCAGGUUUACUGUUGAUGCAUGGUAAUGAUUGAAGAGGCAUGAUUGUUAAGAUUAUCUAUUUUUGAAUGAAACUAAAAGUUUGCAAAGCUUUAGCUGGUAGUUCUAAAGCAUUGUCAAGCCUCGUUUUAGUGUUAUAUGAUGUACAUGUGAAGCUACAUACAUUGUUGUGGAUAUAGACAUCCAUAGUUUUUAUUUUGUCCAAGUUGGUACAUACUUUUCUUGAUGUAAAUAUUUAAAGACAGUUAAGCUAGGUGUACAACUUGGUAAAUAUCUUUUGUAAGGAUUUUAUAUUGAGGAAUAACUUCUCAGAUUCCAUAGUUGCAAGUUGUAGUAUGUGGGAUAUUGUCAAAUUUUAAUCAGUAAUUUAAUUGAUUAUUGCUUUUUAAAUUUUUUAGUAAAGAUUUAUAUUUACUUUUUUCAUUGAUUACAGUAGGUUUUCUGUCAGGUGGGAGUAAUACCAAUGCUUUAAGUUAUUUACUGUAUGAUAUAGUAUGAAAGACAGUGAGAGCUCUAUCAUCCCAUCUCCCAGCUUAUGAAUGAACACAUUUAGCUAUCAAACUUUCAUGAAAAGACAUAAAGUUUGGUUAAAACCUUGCUACCAAAAUCUGAGAAGGUCCUGUUUAAGCCAUGUGCCAUGGCUGGUGUGUGGUGGUGGUGGUGAUGCACUACACAUGCACUAUUGUUUUGGUUGUGAGAGCUCAUCCUACAUUUAGGUGUUGUACCAGACCCAACACAUUUUUGUUUGGCCACUUGGACAGCCAAUCAACUGACUAACAGAAACAUCUUAUGAUGGCAGCACAGUGUAAUGAGCAUCAAGGACAAAGUUGAUAUUAUAAGAAUACUUGAAGGUGUAUUGCAGACCAACACGAUGCAAGGAUGUGAUCGUGGAAAGAUAACUGUUUGAAACAUUUUGAAAGUGAAGGAUGUUCUGUUGAAGUUUUGUGCGGCAACAGAAACCAACAUGUCUCAUCAAGGAAGAAUGUGAGCCGUUUGAGAGCGGCAUAAACUGCAGUGCAGCAAUAGAAAGCCAGUGGCUGGGUUAUCAUCACUGACUUACCAAAUGAUGUAGCAACAGUUUUAAAAGUUAGCAGACAAUUAAUGUGUAAUAUUUUGUAAUGAGUAUAAUUUUUUACUUGUAUUUUACCAAUUUUAGAUUUUUAGGGGUUAAUUUUCCAUGUAAAGAUUUUUUUCAGUCUAACAUACUUUCUUGGUUUCCCUGAGAUGAGAUAAUGGAACUUCUAUUAUAUUUUAUUAAUUUUUGUCACUUACCACUUUAUAAGAAAUUGGAGUGAAUAAUUAUUUGACCGUAAUACUGACUUGCUACCAAAUCCCUUACUGAGUAUAGAGAGCUGGCUCCUUGUCACUAUUAUGAUCCAUUCCAUGUCAGUCACUUGACAUGUGCUAUGUGGCUGAUGGUACUGGCAAUUAUUACUAUUAUGUGUUCCUUGUUUUGUUGCUUGGCCCACACUACCUGCUCUAUGUUAAAGGGCUAGCGACUGAACAAGUGUCCCACCUGUGCAGCUUCCAAAGCACUGUGAGUCCUGUUAACACAUGACCAUAUCCAUUUUUGUAAAUAAAGUGUUAUAUAAAA